GAGGAGGAGGCGGCGGCGGCGGCGGCCGGCGAGAGCCUCCCUCCCGCGCUCUUCUCCAGCGCCGGCCGGAGAAAGAUGGGCCGGGCAGGGCCACGGCGCUGAGGAGAAGGCCGGGGCGGCGGCGGAAGGGGCGGGGCGCAGCUUAUCAUGAACCUCCUGUCUGGCUGCUGAACCCAGCGUCCCCCUGUUGCCAUGACAACAGGUAAUUGCUGCCACCUCCCCGGCUCGUUGUGUGACUGCCCGGGCAGUGCCACAUUGUCCAAAUCCGUAGAAGAUUCGGAUCUCGGGCGCCCCCAGUACGUUACCCAAGUCACAGCCAAGGAUGGCCGACUGCUCUCGACGGUCAUCAAAGCCCUGGGCACCCAGAGCGAUGGUCCGAUCUGUCGAAUCUGCCACGAAGGUGGGAACGGGGAGGGCCUGCUUUCCCCCUGCGACUGCACGGGUACCCUGGGCACCGUCCACAAGAGCUGCCUGGAGAAGUGGCUCUCUUCCUCCAACACCAGUUACUGCGAGCUUUGCCACACGGAGUUUGUGGUGGAAAGGCAGCCCCGGCCUCUGACGGAGUGGCUCAGGCACCCCGGACCCCGCAACGAGAAGCGGACGCUGUUCUGUGACAUGGCCUGCUUCCUCUUCAUCACCCCGCUGGCGGCCAUCUCGGGCUGGCUCUGCCUGAGGGGCGCCCAGGACCACAUGCAGUUCAACAGCCACCUGGAGGCCAUCGGCCUCAUCGCCCUGACCAUCGCCCUUUUCACCAUCUACGUCCUCUGGACCCUGGUGUCUUUCCGCUACCACUGCCAGCUCUAUUCCGAAUGGCGAAGGACCAACCAGAAAGUCCGGCUGAUGCUUCCUGACGCCAGGAACCCGUCUCCCGUCCCGCACUCCCUGCUCUCCGCCAAGCUGCUGAAGAAGAAAGCCGACGAGACCACCGUAUGAGCCAGGCUGGCGCUGGUUCCAACCACCCACCCAUCCACCCAAGCAGCAGAAGGGAGCAAGAAGAGAAGGAGCGCUUGUCAGAACAUUUCACCAGCCCAACUGGAAGGGAGCUCGCCCUCUGUUCAUCGGUCGAGCCCCCACCCCUCCCGAAAGACAACCAAUUCCCGGGUGUGUGCAAUGGGGCAGGGGACGCGGCGUGCCAUGGGCGCCCGUCGGCCCCGCUCCGUCCUCAAGGACCAGUGGGGGGGAGAGGAGAAGACCUCCCCCUCGAUCCGUGUAACUAUCUUAUAUUAUAGUACCUUAAUUAUUGUUGUAAUUAUAAUUUUAUGACUGUU